AUGUCCCAAUCCUUCACCAAAUUCUGGUCCACAGACCUCACGCGCGAUUCCCUGCUUUCCUUCCUCGACACAUCAACCCUCAAAUCUCUAAGGCUUGUCAACCGCGCCUUUGCAGCGACUACAUCCCGGCAACUCUUCCGCGAUGUCUCCAUCACAUUCAGGUCUAGCACAUUCACGAAACCAGCGCGCAUGGCUGCGCUAGAGCGGAUAGGAUGGAAUAUCCGUACGGUCACAUUUGUGCUCAAUCAUGGACCCGAGAUGUUUCUACCACCGUUGCUGGAUCCGCUGACGGGGGAGGAGGUUUGUUUCGUGUUUACACCCUGUGUGCGGACUACGCCUACUUCUAGUCCUACAGCGUGUAGCUCCUCACCCACAGGGGAAAAAGAAGGGGUGUAUGGGACAUGGGAAAUGACCGAUCUGCUAGUCAAGCAGUAUCCGCCCUUAUUCCAUGCAGCCAUGAACGUAUCCUCGUUCGUGGCUGCGUUGACGCACAUGCCCGCGCUACGACAUUUGAAAGUAAGCUGUGCAGGGCAAGAGUCCACGCAUCGCUACCGUCGCAGCGUGGUGGAUUAUGCGCUUUCCUCGCUCAGGAUUGCGAUUGAGCAAGCUCCCUUGCCGAGACUGGAGGCUUUGUCGCUCACGCCUAUCCAUCCAGGCGGAAUCCAGUAUCUGUGUCCCAUGGCGGGCAUAGGUUCUUUGCCGAAUAGUUGUCGUCGCUGGACUCAGAUCCGGCGUCUUGAAAUUCAUAUGGAUACUUUCCCGUUUGAUAAGGGCCAAGCAACGGAUCAUUUGAAAUUGCUGCAUUCAUACUUACAAGCGUUUCGCGCAUUGCGCGAUUUCAAGUUUCGCUGGGUUGGCGAUGGCCAGAAAGGGCCAAGUCCGCUGUCGCUCGCUACAGAGCCGGCUCUGUGCGAACUAGCAGCGCGGUCACAAGCAUGUCCUAAAACACGGCACUAUCUACGUCCACUCAAAUUUCCAAAUCUGCAAUACAUGGUGUUAGGAAAUGCGGUGCUGGACGCAUCGCAGGUCUCAGAUUUCCUGACCGAGCAUCGCCAUUCCUUACUCGAAUUCGACUUUGAGCAAGUCUCGUUGAGGUCCGGGACAUGGGACGAUGCGCUUGCGCCGUGGAGAACGCUGUCGAGCGCCGAGUACGAUGCUGCAUGGGGCGAAAAGCAGGCUGUUGAAGUCGAGGUCAUGGAAGUCCCAUUCGUACUGGGGCCUAGUCCAGACGAAGAAUCAACACCCACGUCUUCACCCGAACAACACAGCAAACGACGCAAGAAGAAAAAGAAGAAGAGACAUGCCAAAUCGAGCGAGGUUGCGAUAAAUAAUGACCUGUUUGCUUCAACAGCUGCAAUGUUGUUAGAGGAGGAACCGGUGCAUCGGAACCUUAAUUUCAAGACUCUGCGUGAGGGAUUGAGUAAUUGGGCGCGGUCAAAGAGGAUCCUCUGGGGGAGUGGCCAUAGCCAUGGCCAUGAUUAUUUGCACAAGGCUGUUCAGUCACCUAUACUUGUAUAG